AUGAUGCGAGCCCUGUUUGCUGGCAGGGUGUCCUACGGUUGCAGGCCUCUGCCAUGCUGCAAAGGCUCUACUGCUUAUCGGGUUCCAAAGACAUCUUCGAUUAUUACCCGGCAUGCAAGUACAAUCAGCUCCGCAGAUGUCAGUUCACUUGAGAGCGGCCACAUUGAAUUGGGAGAAAACGAGGGCUUAGUAUUUGUGAAUAAUAUCUUCCCCCGAAAGCUCCAAUGGCUGCUGCUAUUGGGACCACUCAACGGUACCCAGUCGUACGAAAAGGCUUUAAAGCGCAUUAAUCGUCCACAUCUCGCGGCGUCAGAUCCAUUGCGUAUUGUCCAUCAGGUAUUUCCACCGGGCUUGGAUAUCAAUAUUAAAGAUGUCAUCCCGCGGUUUCGCGAAGGUGGCGCCUUCGUAAAAUAUGCCCGGAAGCCAGGGGCCACAGACACUGAGAUCGAGGCUACAAUCAAGCACCAUUUGGAAAAACAUCCUAUUCGACCUUGGUUCUACCCGUUCCGUCAGGCGACAGUUUCUCAAGUUCAGGGAAGGCCGUGGAUUGAAGAUCUUUAUCGCAUUCCUAGUCCACGUAUCCGAGUCGAGUUUUACCCAGCCGCACCGGACGGGACAGCUACAGAAUUGACUACAGAAGUCCUCUAUACGGUUUUCCGCAGAUAUGGAAAGCUUCGGGAUAUUGAGCGACAGCCGCCAGAUUCGAAAGAAACCCCGAAAUAUGCAUUAGUCGAGUUCUCCCGUGCUAGUAAUGCUGUUACAGCCAAAAACUGCAUCCACGGAUUCACCAUACCUCCGGAGGGAGGCGGGAGCAAUUCUGGUACACGCGUUAAGAUCAAAUAUGAACGGAAGAUCAGACUGUCUAUGAUCAAGGAUUGGCUUCUGAGUCAUCCCCGCAUAGUAAUUCCUGCAGCGGCCGCUCUCAUUGCAGCCAUCACAGUGACCGUCUUCGACCCAAUACGCACAUUCUUCAUCAAGAUGAAGAUAAAGGCCACCCUUCAUACGGAGGGAAACAAGUUUGUCCAGUGGAUCCGGUAUCAAGUCAGCAAGGCAAAUAUUUACUUCGGUCAGAGCAAAUCCGAUGCUCGCGGCCUGACGGCAAUUUGGGAGGAUCGCCAAAGCGAUAUUUCUCAACUUAACUCGUGGCUGACGGAGAGUGCCGAAACAUUCAUCGUGAUACAUGGCCCACGCGGUUCAGGAAAGCGCGAGCUGGUGCUAGAUCGAACCCUUAAGGACCACAGAUACAAACUCGUCAUCGACUGUAAACAGAUUCAAGAUGCUAAAGGUGAUACGGCCAAAAUUGCUCGUGCAGCUAGUCAAGUGGGAUACCGACCGAUAUUUUCAUGGAUGAAUAGCAUCAGCAGCUUCAUCGACCUGGCAGCUCAGGGAAUGAUUGGCACCAAGGCGGGCUUUUCUGAGACUCUUGACGCGCAACUCAGCAAUAUUUGGCAAAACACUGCUGUGGCCAUGAAGAACAUCACACUGGAGAACAGAAAAAAGACGGAUACGGAUGCGCAGCUUUCAGAUGAAGAGUAUCUGGAGGCCCAUCCCGAGCUACGCCCAGUAGUAGUCAUCGAUAACUACCUCCACAAUAACCCAGAAGGCAAUGUGGUCUAUGACAAGAUCACAGAGUGGGCUGCAGGUCUAACAAGCGGGAACAUUGCACAUGUUAUCUUUUUGACAACUGAUGUGUCUUUCUCCAAACCGUUAAGUAAGGCACUACCCAAUUCGGUGUUUCGAACGAUCUCCUUGGGCGACUGCUCUCUUGAAGUUGGCCGAAGGUUCGUACUCAACCAUCUCGAAUACGAAGCAAAGAAUAAGAACCAGCCUGCCCAAAAGGAAGAGGACCUGUCAGAGCUGGAUAGUUGCAUUGCUGUAUUGGGGGGACGCGUGACGGAUCUCGAGUUCAUGGCACAUCGCAUUGAGUCCGGGGAAACCCCUCGAGGCGCCGUUACUCGAAUUGUUGAACAGUCGGCCUCUGAGAUCUUAAAAAUGUUCAUCUUGACUCCUGAGUCUGACUCGCAGCAGUGGAGUCAUGAACAAGCCUGGCAUCUGAUCAAAACGCUUGCACAUUCCAAGGAUGGCAGUGUAUCCUACAACCAUGUUCUUGAGUCUGAUUUGUUCAAGUCUAAUAGUCAAGCUCUUCGAGAACUCGAGCAAGCAGAGCUUAUUUCCAUCGUCAGUGUGAAUGGCUCUCCAAAGAGGGUGAGGGCUGGAAGACCGGUUUACCAGGCGGUAUUCAAGCGAUUGACCGAGGACAAAACCUUGAGCAGUCGUUUAAAUCUCGAGAUAUUAUCGCAGCUAAUCAGCAACGAAAACAAGAGCAUUGGGAAGUACGAGGAGGAACUCCUCCUCCUUGGAAAGCUGCCGAAACAACCACGAGAGCUUACAGGAAGAAUCCAGUGGCUCCUGGACAAGGUGUACAACUCACAGAACAAGAUUGCGAAGUAUGAAGCGGAAAGCGCAGCACUUCAGAAGGUUUCGCAAAACGAGCAUUAG